CCGAACUAGAUUGAACUACCAUAGCACAAAGUACUCCUUGGGCGUCCAAGUGCACACAUAUAUGGCGUCCAAGCCAUUCUCCAAAUCUGUUUUCACCUUCUACCAUUUUGUUCGUCGGAGACUUGGGAAUCCACCAGGCCAGCACCAUCAUCGUCGAAACACGAGCGGGAUACCUACCUAUCCUGAGAUCAUCGAGGGGUGCCCACUAGCCUCCCAAGAUGAUGAUCAGCUUCAAAACCAAGUUCUAAUCCUAGAUAUUGAAGGAGGACUACUAAGGUCUCAAUGUCUCCUCCCUUAUUUCAUCGUUGUUGCCAUAGAUGCAGGUAGUUUCCUUAGAGGUCUAGUCCUAUUAUGCCUCUACCCUCUUCUCUCUUUCUUGACACAAGAAGUACAAUCAAGGGUCAUGGUCAUGUUAUGCUUCUUGGGGUUAAGAGAGGAGAAGGUGAGAAGGGUCGUUCGGGCGACAUUGCCAAAGCAUUUUCUAGAGGAUAUAGGGAGGGAAGGGUUUGAGGUGGUGAGAGGGUUCAAGAGGGUGGUAGGAUUGAGUAGGAUGAUCCCUAGGGUUAUGGUGGAGGAUUUCCUGAAGGAGUACAUAGGCCUGGAGAUGGUGGUGGGAAGGGAGGUGAAGAUUGUGAGAGGGCGUUAUGUUGGUCUGUUGGAAAUGGAGGAUGAGAGAAGACUAAGCCUGGAUAAGCUUGAAGGAACAGAGAUGGUAGGUUUUGGAAGCAGCUCAAGCUAUUUUUACCAUAAUCAUCACCAGCUCUUCACUUGCUGCAAGGAGGUUUACUUGGUAACCCCAGAACAAAAGAAACAAUGGUCAACCUUGCCAAGAGACCAGUACCCAAGGCCCUUGAUCUUCCAUGAUGGCAGGCUAGCUUUCAGGCCUACUCCUCAAGCCACCCUCACCAUGUUCAUGUGGCUCCCGCUUGCUGUUCCCCUCACAGUGCUCCGAACACUCAUCUUUGUGAUCCUUCCAUAUUCUAUCUCCCUCCCAAUUGGGAGUGCGUCCGGAAUUACAACCCGCGUCAUCAACUCCCCAAUCUCUGCCACUGGUAACACAAACCAUGGAGCAUAUGCCCAGCCCAAUCCGCAGGGUCAUCUGUACGUAUGCAACCACCGCACACUCCUUGACCCAGUUUACAUCUCAGUGAUGCUGAACAAGAAGGUAUCAGCAGUGACAUACAGUCUCAGCCGUGUCACCGAGCUCCUGUCACCAAUCAAAACCAUCCGGCUGACCCGAAACCGAGAUGAGGAUCAAAGGAGGAUGGAGUACUUGCUGCAGAAGGGGGACUUGGUGAUUUGCCCUGAGGGCACUACGUGCAGGGAGCCAUACCUGCUCCGAUUCAGCCCACUUUUCGUCGAGCUCGUCGAUGAGGUCUACCCAGUGGCACUGGUGAACUGGUCCAAUAUGUUCUACGGCACGUCUACAGGCAGGUCCAAGUACAUGGACCACUUCUACUACUUCAUGAACCCGCACCCGGCGUACGUUGUCGAGUUCAUGGACAGGAUGCCAACACAUGGGGUGAUCAAUGGCAGGAGAUGUGAGAGCUAUGAGGUGGCAAACAUGGUGCAGAGUGAGAUUGGUAGGGUACUUCGGUUUGAACCCACUAAACUAACUCGCAAGGACAAAUACAUGAUUCUAGCAGGACAUGAAGGGGUUGCGGAUACAAAGCAGUAACAUAUGUCAGAGAAUAUAGCACAAUACAGGCACUUGAUGGUAAUACAACUUUCUAGCUGGGUUUUGAGCGAUUGUUUAAGAACGUUACAUAUGCACCCUAUCACUUGUCAGAAGGUCUGUUUGUAAUGUAUAGUAUUGAGAAUUAUAGGUUGUUUAAGUUAUGUACAUGUGCAUAAUGUCAGUUAAUCUCAUAUUACAUAUGUGGAGCAAUAUAGCGGCCCCUGUUAGAUAAACUUAUAUAUG